UCCCGGGCUCGGGCGAGGCGCCGCCAGCGACGCGCGCGGGGAGCCGGGGACCGCGGCCCAGCAGCCGGCGCCGCGUGGGAGCGCAGCCCGGAGCCCCGGCUGCCUGAGCCCAACCCUGCCGACCGCGGACGCCCCAGCCUGCAGGGCACGGAGUACCGCAUUGUUAUCAUCUCCCUGUGAGUGGGACUGGCACCCCAGCUGUACCUCCGGGCACAGGUGCUCCACGAAACACAGACUCCUGCCUCUGCACAGCCUGCUUCACCAGGCCCCCGGGAUGGAGGAAGUGGUCUGGGAGCAGUACACGGUGACCCUGCAGAAGGACUCCAAAAGAGGAUUUGGCAUUGCAGUGUCCGGAGGCAGAGACAACCCCCACUUUGAAAAUGGAGAGACGUCCAUCGUCAUUUCGGACGUGCUUCCCGGCGGGCCCGCCGACGGGCUGCUUCAAGAAAAUGACAGGGUGGUCAUGGUCAAUGGCACCCCCAUGGAGGGGGUGCUGCACUCAUUCGCCGUGCAGCAGCUGAGGAAAAGCGGGAAGAUCGCUGCCAUCGUGGUCAAGAGGCCCCGGAAGGUCCAGCUGGCCCCGCUGCAGGGUGGCCUUCCGCUCAACGAGGAAGACCGGGCUUUCGAGGUGAUGGAUGAGUUUGACCGGAGAAGUGCCCGCAGCGGGUACAGCGAACGGUACAGCGAGAGGAGCCGGCUGCACAGCUGGGAGAACAGCCUGGAGCGGGGCCAUCCGCACGACCGUCCACGCAGCCAGGAGCGGGACCGCGGCCGGAGCCUGGAGCGGGGCCUGGACCACGGCGACUAUGGCCGAGCCCGAGAACGGAGCCGCGGCCGCAGCCUGGAGCGGGGCCUGGAUCGUGAUGACUACGACGGAGCCCGAGACCGGAGCGCGCGCGGCCGGAGCCUGGAGCGGGGCCUGGACCACGACUAUGGGCGAGGCCGAGACAGCAGCCACGGGCGAGGCCGGAGCAUCGACCAGGCCUAUGAGCGGGCCUACAGCCCGGAGGCGGAGCACCGGCCCCGGGGGCAGCCCGAUGCCCGCUACAAGAUGUCCCGGAGCUGCGAGCAGCUCCGCCUGGGCAGCCCCACCCCUGAGCCGAGAGCACGGCGGGACCGAGAGGCUGACAAGCCCAUCGGAGUCCUUCUGACGAAAAACAAAGCACAUGAAGAGUACGGUCUCCGGCUGGGGAGUCAGAUCUUCAUCAAGGAGAUGACCAGCACUGGUCUAGCCACCAAGGACGGCAACCUGCAUGAAGGGGACAUCAUCCUCAAGAUAAACGGCACUGUAACCGAGAACAUGUCUUUAACGGAUGCUCGGAAACUGAUAGAAAAGUCAAGAGGAAAACUGCAGCUGGUGGUGCUGAGAGACAGCAAGCAGACGCUCAUCCACAUCCCGGCGCUAGAUGACAGCGACUCCGAAGAUCUCUCGGAAAUAGAGUCAAACCGAUCGUUUUCCCCAGAGGAGAGACGGCAGCCGUAUUCCGACUACGACUAUCAUUCCUCCAAUGAGAAGCUGAAGGAAAAGCCCAGUUCCAGGGAGGACAUCCAGAACAGAUGGUCCCGGAUCGGCUCCACACCCACUCCCUUCAAGUGCGCAGGGGACAUCGCAGCCGCUGCAGAGACUAGCCAGGAGCCCAAACACCAAGAGGAAGCCCCCGCUCCUCAACCGAAAGCAUUACCGAGGACUUUUCUUCGUCCCAGUCCUGAAGACGAAGCGAUUUAUGGCCCCAACACCAAGAUGGUGAGGUUCAGGAAGGGGGACAGCGUGGGCCUGCGGCUGGCCGGUGGCAAUGACGUCGGGAUCUUUGUGGGCGGCAUUCAAGAGGGGACCUCGGCAGACCAGGAAGGCCUUCUAGAAGGUGACCAGAUUCUGAAGGUGAACACCCAGGAUUUCAGAGGGAUGGUUCGGGAAGAUGCUGUCCUCUACCUGUUAGAAAUCCCCAAAGGCGAAAUGGUGACCAUUUUAGCUCAGAGCCGAGCUGAUGUGUACAGAGAGAUCCUGGCUUGUGGCAGAGGGGACUCAUUUUUCAUAAGGAGCCAUUUUGAAUGUGAGAAGGAAACGCCGCAGAGCCUGGCCUUCACGCGGGGGGAGAUCUUCCGAGUGGUGGACACCCUGUACGAUGGCAAGCUGGGCCACUGGCUGGCCGUGAGGAUCGGAAACGAGUUGGAGAAAGGCUUAAUCCCCAACAAAAGCAGAGCGGAGCAAAUGGCCAGCGUCCAGAACGCCCAGAGAGACAACGCUGGGGACAGGGCGGACUUCUGGAGGAUGCGUGGCCAGAGGUCGGGCGUGAAGAAGAACCUGAGGAAGAGCCGGGAAGACCUCACAGCUGCCGUGUCCGUUAGCACCAAGUUCCCCGCCUAUGAGAGGGUUUUGCUGCGAGAAGCUGGUUUCAAGAGACCCGUGGUGUUGUUUGGCCCCAUAGCUGAUAUCGCGAUGGAAAAGUUGGCAAGUGUGUUACCUGACCUGUUCCAAAUUGCUAAAUCAGAGCCGAAGGAUGCAGGAUCUGAGAAGUCCAGCGGGGUGGUGCGGUUAAACACCGUGAGGCAGAUUAUCGAACAGGAUAAGCAUGCCCUCUUGGAUGUGACUCCGAAGGCUGUGGACCUGUUGAAUUACACUCAGUGGUUCCCGAUUGUGAUUUUUUUCAACCCAGACUCUAGACAAGGUGUCAAAACCAUGAGACAGCGGUUGGAUCCAACAUCCAACAAAAGUUCUCGGAAGCUAUAUGAUCAAGCCAACAAGCUUAAGAAAACGUGUGCACACCUUUUUACAGCAACCAUCGACCUAAAUGCAGCCAAUGAUAGCUGGUUUGGCAGCUUGAAGGACACAAUUCAGCAUCAGCAAGGAGAAGCAGUUUGGGUCUCUGAAGGAAAGAUGGAAGGGCUGGACGAUGACGCUGAAGACCGCAUGUCCUACUUAACCGCCAUGGGCGCGGACUAUCUGAGUUGCGACAGCCGCCUCAUCAGUGACUUUGAAGACACCGACGGCGAAGGAGGCGCCUACACUGACAAUGAGCUGGAUGAGCCGGCCGAGGAGCCGCCGGUGUCUUCCAUCACCCGCUCCUCGGAGCCGGUGCAGCACGAGGAGAGCAUAAGGAAGCCCAGCCCAGAGCCACGAGCUCAGACGAGGAGGGCUGCUAGCAGAGAUCAACUUAGGGACAAUAGUCCACCCCCGGCAUUCAAACCAGAGCCGCCCAAGGCCAGGGCCCAGAAGAGAGAAGACUCCUUUGACUACUCCAGGGCCUAUGAAUACAGGCCAAGCUCCCCUCCAGCUGUGGCCGGUAACGAAAUUCCCGGGGCAUCUGCCAAGGGUCCUCCUCCUCCUAUUGCAGCAAAGCCUGCCGUCUGCAAGCCUAUCUUGAAGCCCUCCAUUCCAGUCCUUCCCCCCGAGAGCGAGGAGGCAGGGGAGGGCAGCGAGGAGCAAGAUAACGCUCCCAAGUCUGUCCUGGGCAAAGUAAAAAUAUUUGAGAAGAUGGAUCACAAGGCGAGACUCCAGAGAAUGCAAGAGCUCCAGGAAGCACAGAACGCAAGGACCCCUGGUACCCCAGAAGAGUCCCUCCGCACUCUACCAGGAUGCCAGAGGAAGCUACGGCAGCGAUGUGGAGGAGGAGGAAUACCGCCAGCAGCUGUCAGAACACUCAAAGCGGGGUUACUACGGCCAGCCCUCCCGAUACCGGGACACCGAAUUAUAGAUGUCUGCGAAUUGGCUCUGCUCUACCCUGACGUCACCACCUCAGAGCAGCACUCCUGCAGAGCCGUGGAUGGUUCUGUCCUGCUAAAAUGCUCCGUGGAGAUGCGGGGAGGACCCGAGCUCCCACUUCCUCGUGGGGAGCCCAGGGGACAACCCACACAGGUUCAGAACUGUGAAGGCUCUAUCUGUGGGACUGGGUCUGGGGGAGUUUGUGGCUUUUGCUCAGAAUUAAGGGAGAAACUUACGUUUGAUGCCGUUCCCUGCUUCAGUGGACCAAAAUCUGUAUUAAUUGUGUUUGUGUAUUUUUAACAUGUAUAUUAAGAAGCGAUAACUAUUUUUCAUUAAUAGCUAUAUUCAAGGACUAUUUCAGUCUGAGACAGAAUGUGAAAAAAAAAAAAAGGAAUAAAAAUACUGUCGGACUCCAACUAAAUUCAAAGAAGUAUUUUAUUACAACGCUAAGUGCCUUUGAUGAGACGUGUCUUAAAUGUUCUUCCUUUGAAGCUUUAUGCAAAGCCAUAAAGGACUAAAACGUGGUGACUAAAUUUUUAUGCCAGUUUAAGAGCUGUGGUUUUCCCUGCACUGAGCCCUCUUUUUGAGUCAUCUGUCUUUUUUAGUAUUUUCCAUAAAUUCGGACUGUAUAUAAUAGCUUAUUUUUGGUUGUUUGGCUACCAGUGCUAAGUGGCUUGAAGACCAAGAAAAUGGUAUAGGAAUGUUUUAUUUGUGCUCCACAAAAGCACAUACUUGAGACAAAUACAUUUUCCCCCCAAAAGUGUAUUGACAACAGUUUUAUAAUUUAAUAAAAAGGAGGACAUUGCAAUCAA